UCGAUUUGGAUUGAUCGUCGGUAAAUAAGAUAUGGCGCUAGGGACCCGAAGAGCAUCUGUCAAGAAAUUGGAAGCCUUUUGAUGAAGAGAAGUGCCAUUCAUGAAAGAACUCCAAGAAUAUUUUUAUACAUAAUUUCAAAUGCUCUGGUAUAUAGCCUUGGAAAUGUGUUCACCAGAUGAUGGAAAUUGAGACUUUUUCAUGCCUACGAAGUCCAGAAAGUUUACCAGCUAAUCAUAGUCCCUCAUUAGAAUCUCGCUGCCAUACCAACAUGAUUGUCGAUCUUCAGUCACAAAGUCCAUGUAAUGUGCCGUCCGAUCCUUCAGUGCAUUCAUCUCCUCAUGAUUACAAAUCCUUGCCUAGGGAGAGUGGCAAAUCGCCCUCCCCCCAUGAAUACAAACUUCUGCUGCCGGAAGGGGCAAUCACUCCCAGUCCAGAAAACCCACCCACAAUUGAUUAUUCAGACAUACCAAAGGAGAGCUCGUACACUGGACAAUCAAGCCCCCACUCCAGCCCACCCAACCUGAGCCCAGAAACCAUGGGAAGUGAAACUCCAGAGCGAGAAUGCAGUCCAGGGGCCUCUCCAAGUCAGUCUCCUGAUAAGCACCGAUCUAGACGCAAGCCGACACUGGAGGACAUAGUUAGGCGCAUUGGACAUGUGGAAAACAGUGAGGAGAGUGACUUGGAGGGAGAGGAUGAGCCUAGGACUGGUCUGAUGAUAGACAUGAGGAGUGCUGAGGAGAGGGAAGAAAUGCUGAGGGAGUAUGGGGAGGAUGAAGUGGAUGGGGCUCCUCCAAGAGAAUCAGUCAUAGCUAGCAUGAGGGAGCAGGGGCUUUCCAAUGGACUAGAAUUGUCCACUAAAAGUGAAAUCCCAAAUAAGAUGAUAUCAACGGAGGAAGAAUCCAUGCUCUCAGAAAGCAGUGAGAGAGAAGUGUCUAAAUCUACAGAGUUGCCAAAGGAGAAGUCCAGCGAAUAUUUAAAGCUCGAAGAGGAUCGUGCUGCACAACUUGCACAAAUGUCUGCUCUAGCUGACAGCUUAACCAAGCCCUCAGAGCUCACUGGAACACCCAAAAUGAAUGGAGGAUGGUUUCCUGGACCAUUUGCAAGUCUUCCUAUUUUUCCAUUCCAACAAUCACCUAUGGAACAUCAUUUGGCUCCCAGCCUGUUUCCUUUUAUGGAUGGGAAGUUCCCGUCACCUCAAGAAGUGGAGAAGGAUUACUUGAAGUGUCAGUUCUGUGAGAGAACAUUUCGCCGACAAAAGAAUCUGGAAAACCACAUAGAGAAUACACACCAAGGAAAGACGCCAACACGACGCAAAACAGAAAAUGGCAGCAGUGAUAUGUACUUCAAGUGCACCCACUGUCCCUAUACCACCAAACACCAAAGCAAUCUCUAUGUUCAUCUCAGGAUACACACCGGAGAAAGACCCUACAUUUGUGGUGCCUGUGGAGUACAGUACAGCCAAAGUCAUAGUCUGAAAAGCCACAUCAUCAACAAACAUGAUGGCAUCAUGUCAUAUUACAUAAAGGAGAAAAGAAACCGUUCUCCACGAGGAAUGGGCUACCUCCAGCACGUGGUUCCUGAUGUUUUUAACUCCUCUAGUGCACCUACCAUGGUCCCACCCCCCAGUCUCAGUCAGAGUCAGGGUCCCCUCCCACCGAGUUCCACACCCCUGCAGAUCCACCCCUCUCUUCUGAUGCCUCAGAAUCCAAUGCUUCCCCCACAGCCCAUGCUGUCUCCAAAGGGUAUGCCCCAACUGUCUCCACAGAUAAACAAGUCACCUCAUCUAUCACCAAUGUCCAAACAACAGCAGCAGCAUCCAUUCCACAUGUCCCCACAGACCCCUCAUCGCCCGCAUUUCCAGCCACCCUUGAAAUCUAGUCCCAAUCACUUCAUUAAUGGUCACACAUCCCCCAUCUUCAAUCACAACAAUAAUAUUCUAAACAAGCCUCAGAUGUUUGAACAAAGCCAACCCUUACCUUUGGUCAAGAACCAGCCAACUCCACUGAAGGAAAUUAGUAACAACUGUGGAAAUACCCAGAGAGAUGGGGAAAAUGGUGCUAUAGAUUUGAGCAAAAAGCCAAGCAACACUAAGGAUCCAAUGACUAAGAAUGAGGCUGAUCAAUUGCUAAAGGUCAUGGUUAAUGGUGGUUCUUGUGAAAAUUGCAACCAUGAAACCAAACUGAGGUUGUUGCGCCAGAAUGUGGUCCGGAUGCUGAAUAUAUUGGUCCCCAACCUUAAUUUUGAGGAGAAGGGAAUUAGUGCAGAAGGGGAUUCUGUUGAUGAACUGUUACAUGAUGUCAUUGAAAGCAAUAUGCAAGACGAUGAAAUGGUCGAGUAAUUCCUCCUUUGAUUCUGUUCCAUAAAAUGGCAUAUGUUUCUAGUGAGCUCUUAUGAGGCAUUUAAAUAGUUACAAAUAAUAAGGAAGAUCUGUCUCAGAAGAUUCCAAAGCAUUACUUAUCACAGUGACAGUCAUUUUCUUCUCUCAAGUGCUGUGUGCAAUACCACAAUCUUUUUCCAUGUCAUCUUAGAAACAUAUCAUGAGGGACCCAACUUCUCUCAAAAACCAAUUAAACAUGAGCAGGCAGCGACUGCUUGGCAGAAACUCUCAUCAAUGUUGUCUUCAUCCCAUCGUUUGGUCCAAGACCACUCUCUCCAUCUCACCAUUCAUAAAACAAACUGUGCAUUUUUACUAGUGAGGUUUCCUCCCAAGAGACAAAGUUUUAUAUUUAUACAAGGAGGCAAAAAGGUCCAUAGAACCAAAGAGGAUUAUUUUAACUUUUAUUAUAUAUAUAUAUCAAUAUUGUGUUGUGCAGAUGUGUCAUAUUAUUAAGAAAAAAAAGUUUCUUUAGAAACUUGCAAUUUGCCAUUUAACACUGUUUAGAUGUUGCAUCUUAAAAUUUUUGGGGGAACAUCCACACAGUGAUUCUAUCCAUAUCUUAUUUGCUUUAUUUAUUAAUGAUAUUUACUAAUUUUUGCCAUAUUAUUAUUUUUUUCUUAUUGCCCUCAAAGAUCCAAGAACAUUUUACAUUACAUUAUGUGUUCAGAAUCAACAAAUUGCA